UUCCCUCUUAAUUUCAAGCUAAACCAAAACCAUGGUGAUCAAAGAUAGGCAUAGGCUUCCUUUGUUUCUGCUCCUUUCGGUUCUUUUCCUAGCCCCGGUGUCUCUUUCUCUCGCUCAUGAGACUCUUGAGGAGCCGAGGUAUGAGCUGAGACAGAAAGACGACCGUGACCCUGAGAGCCCUCGGAGGGAGUUCCAGCAGUGCCAAGAGCGUUGCCGGAGGGAAGAGCGCGGACAGAGGCAGCAGCAACAGUGUCAGCAGCGCUGCGAGGAGCAGUUGAGGGAGCGGGAAAGACAGAGAGAGCGGGAGGUCGACGCUGUGAGUCAACAGGAUCCACGGCGGCAAUAUGAGGAGUGCCAGAGACUAUGUGAGAGGCAGGAGCCACGUCAGCAACAACAAUGCCAGAGAAGGUGCGAGCGAAAAUUUGAAGAGCAACGAGAAGGAGAAGGAAGAGGGCGCCGAGGUGGCAGCAGGGGCGACGACGAAGAGAACACGCGAGAGCCACGAGAACAGUUCCAACAAUGCCAGCAGCGUUGCCAGAGGGAAGCGCAAGGCCAGAGACAGCAACAACAAUGCCAAAGGAGGUGCGAGGAGCGUUAUGAAGAGGAACAAAGGAGGGAACAAGGACGCCAAGGCGGGAGAGACAAUAUUGAGGAGUAUACUAGAGACCCUCAACAGCAGUAUCAACAGUGCCAGCAACGUUGCGAGAGGCAAGAACAAGGCCAGCGCCAACAACAACAAUGCCGAAGGAGGUGCGAGGAACGUUAUGAAGAAGAACAAAGGAGGGAACAAGAACAAGGCGGGAGAGACAAUAUUGAGGAGUAUACUAGAGACCCUCGACAGCAGUAUCAACAGUGCCAACAGCGUUGCGAGAGGCAAGAACAUGGCCAGCGCCAACAACAACAAUGCCAAAGGAGGUGCGAGGAACGUUAUGAAGAGGAACAAAGGAGGGAACAAGAACAAGGAGAGGGCGGGAGAGACAAUAUUGAGGAGUAUACUAGAGACCCUCAACAGCAAUAUCAACAGUGUCAGCAGCGUUGUGAAAGGCAAGAACAAGGCCAACGCCAACAACAAUGUCAAAGGAGGUGCGAGGAACGCUACGAAGAGGAACAAAGGAGGCAGCGAGAACAAGAAGAGGGAGGACGCCAACGCGAGAGAGACAUUGAUCAGGAGCAUAUUAGAGACCCUCAACAGCAAUACCAGCAAUGCCAACAGCGUUGCCAGAGGCAAGAACAAGGCCGACAUCAACAACAAUGCCAGAGAAGAUGUGCAGAGCGCUACGAAGAGGAACAAAGGAGGGAACAAGAGCGAGAAGAAGGAAGAGACACUGAGGAGGAUACCAGAGACCCUCAACAACAGUAUCAACAGUGCCAGCAGCGUUGCCAGAGGCAAGAACAAGGUCAUCGCCAACAACAGCAAUGCCAGAGGAGGUGCGAGGAGCGCUACGAAGAGGAACAAAGGAGGGAACGAGAACAAGAAGAGGAAGGAGGACGCCAGCGCGGGAGAGACACUGAUCAGGAGAAAAAUAGAGACCCUCAAAAGCAAUAUCUGAAAUGCCAGCAGCGUUGCCUGAGCAGACAAGGCCAACGUCAAGAGCGAUGUCAGAGAAGGUGCGAGGAGCGCUACGAAGAGGAUCAAAGGAAGAAAGGAGGGGGAGAAAAAAGAGGGCAUGGUAAAUACAGUGAGGAGUGCACGCGAGACCCACAACAGCGGUAUGAGCAAUGCCAACAACAGUGCCAAAGGUAUCAGGGGGAUCAGGAGAAGCAAUUAUGUCGAAGAAGGUGCGAGCAACAGAGACAACAAGAAGAAAGAGAGCACCAACGCGGCAGAGACCAACAAGAUCCGCAACAGCAAUACCAGCAAUGCCAACGCCGAUGUCAGACACGAGAGCAAAGGCCAGAAAGACAGAGACAAUGUCAACAACGAUGCGAAGAGCAAUACCGGGAGCAGCAAACCAGAGAAUGGGGAGGAGAGGGAAACCCAUCCAAGCAAGCAAGACGCAGUGAAGAGCACAAUCCCUACUACUUUCACUCUCAGAGAUUCCAGUUAGUACACAGGUCCGAAGAAGGCUAUGUUAGGUCUCUUGAGAGGUUCACAGAGAGGUCUGAGCUCCUUAGUGGCAUUGACAAUUACCGCUUGGUCAUCUUGGAAGCAAAUCCUAACUCCUUUAUGCUCCCACACCACAAAGAUGCGGAUGCUAUUGUUAUUGUCGUAAUGGGAAAAGCGACCAUCAACUUUGUGCGUCAAGACAAGAGAAAUGAGAGAGAGUCCUUCAACCUCGAGUGUGGAGACGUGCUUAUGGUUCCUGCAGGGACUACUACUAUGGUUGCCGUUAACCAAGACAGUAAUGAAAAGCUACAAAUUGUGGUACUCGUCAAGCCCGUCAACAAUCCUGGCCAAUUUAGGGAAUACUUUGCAGCCGGUGCUCAAAAUCGUGAAUCAUAUUUAAGGGCAUUCAGCGAAGACAUCCUCGAAGCCUCUCUAAAUACCCCAAUAGAGAAGCUAGAGAGGGCGUUCCAGCAGCAGGAGCAGAGGCAGGGAGUAAUCAUCAGAGCCUCACAAGAGCAGCUGAGGGCAUUGAGCCAACGGGCCAUGUCGGCCGGCCGCCAAUCCUCUCGAGGUCCGAUCAGUCUAAGAAGCCUGAGCCCUUCCUACUCGAACCAGUUCGGGCAGUUCUUCGAGGCUUCUCCCGAGGACCACAGGCAACUCCAGGACAUGGAUGUCUUUGUCAAUUACGCCGAAAUCAAACAAGGAGCUGUUAUGGUGCCGCACUACAACUCGAGGGCCACCGUCGUCGUCUUCGUGGUAGAAGGAACCGGAAGAUUUGAAAUGGCAUGUCCACAUCUUUCAAGUCAGAGCCAGGAAAGCCGAGGGAGAAGAGAACAACAAGAAGAAGAGAGCAGUGGAAAAUUCCAGAGGGUCAGUGCUCGUUUGUCACCGGGUGAUGCUUUUGUAAUCCCGGCCGGUCACCCGAUUGCCGUAGUUGCCUCCGAAAGAGAGAACUUACGGAUGGUCGGGUUCGGAAUCAAUGGCCAGAACAACCAGAGGAACUUCCUCGCAGGGCAAGACAACAUAAUAAACCAGCUGGAGAGAGAAGCAAAGGAGCUUGCCUUCAACCUGCCACAAGAAGAGAUAGAGCAGAUAUUCGGAAGGCAGAGGGAAUCUUAUUUUGUGCCAAAGGAAAGGCAGAGCCAGCGGGGGCAGGGGAGAGACCACCCAUUGGCAUCAAUUUUGAACUUGGCCGGUUUCUUCUGAGGAUGGAGAGGGAAAUUGCACGUUAUGUAGUACGUAGUAUCUAAUAAUCUGAAAAACUUUAUGUUAAAAGUUUUCGAGUAGUCAAUGGCAUGAGCUUUUGUAUGUAUUUAAGCUUAAGCUUUUUAGUAUGAAUGAAAUAAAAGAGAAGAGUUCGUGUGCCCA